ACCGCAGAUACCCCCUUUAGUCACCUGAUGACAGGGUCAGCAGCUGGAUAAAGUGCAUUUUGGGUUUUCAUCUCAUGCAGUUGUGCUCUAACAUGGCUAAAGCAGUGAUUUGUGUGCUUCUUGCAUCUCUCUUUGCCUGCUGUAGAUCUGCACCAGUGGCUAUUCAUGGUGGUUCAGAUGUUAUCUGCCCUCUGACAGUAAAGAUCCUGGAUGCUGUGAAGGGGACUCCUGCUGGAAAUAUAGCUCUGGAUGUCUAUCGCCAAGACCAAGGUGGGACAUGGGAAAAGAUUGCCAGUGGGAAAGUGGACAUGAUGGGAGAGGUGCACAACUUGAUCACAGAGGAGGAGUUCACUCCUGGCGUGUAUCGGGUGGAGUUUGACACUAAAGCCUACUGGAAGGCGGAGGGUCGUACACCUUUUCACCAGGUGGCCGAUGUGGUGUUUGAGGCUCAUGCCGAGGGGCAUCAUCAUUACACUCUGGCUCUUCUUCUGAGCCCCUUCUCGUACACCACAACAGCUGUGGUUGUCAAAGCACAUGAGUGACUGCACACAACAACCUACACAGAGAAAUUACAUUACAUCUAGGGUCCAACUUUAAGUAUUUGCCACACCUUCCAAUGCCAGUUUGAUUGAUAAAAGUACUUGUCAAAAGUGUUUUUGAAAAAGUCUCUUACGCUCACCAAAGCUGCAUUUAUGUGUUCAAAAUACAUUAAAACACCAAUAUUGUGAAUUGUA